GAUAUGGGCUUACUCUAAGUGAAACCUGGAACUUAUCUUUUAAACCUACAAACAAGAAGACUUAAAAGAGAAAGUUAGACUGAGAGAGAAAGUAAGAAAGAGAUACAACUUGCCCAGGAAGAUGGAAAACUGAUCGUGUCAAAAGCUUUGAAUCUUUAGUGGGGGUAAAAGAGGAGCACGGACAAGCCUGAGGAUACUACAGAUUAUGUUGCCAUGGAAACCAAAACCUGGAAGCGGACGCAAGGACCACUGAAGGUGGACAACCUCCCUUGACUGCAUCCUUGACACGUUACUGUCCCACUGAGAGGUUUGAUCUCUCAAUGAAGAAAACAAGAAGAGAUUAAAGAGAUCUGAUUUGCACAAAAUGCUGUGGAGAAUAACUAUCCCAGUCAUACUGGCUGGGGUGCUCUGCAUCACCGUAGAGACCAAAAAGUCCAGGCCCCAGGGAUCCAUCCCAUCCCCACACAAGACCAAAGGGAACCUGUCUUCAGAGCGUCACCAGCGGCUAUUGCAGCAGAAACCCGAGGUGCUGUCUUCCAGCAGGGAGGCCUUGGUGGUGACAGAGCGCCGCUACCUCCGCAGAGACUGGUGCAAGACCCAGCCUCUUCGUCAGACAAUCAGCGAGGAGGGCUGCCGCAGCCGCACUGUAGUCAACCGUUUUUGCUACGGCCAGUGCAACUCCUUCUAUAUUCCCCGUCAUAUGGGCCCCAGCUCGGGUCAGGGUCAGAAUCGAGGCCAAGCCUCUGGUUCUGGAAGGAAAAGCCACAGCAAGGCCCAGGAGCCGUUCCAGUCCUGCUCCUUCUGCAGGCCACACCGCAUCACUCAGCUCACAGUGCAGCUAGACUGCCCAGACCUGCAGCCCUCUUUUAGACACCGUAAGGUACAGAGGGUCAAACAAUGUCGCUGCAUGUCUGUGGAUGUCAGUGGCCAUGGGAAACUGUGAAGAACUUUUAAAAUUGAAAUGACAUAGAAGUAUUGUCAAAGGCUGAAAUGGCCAUACUUUGCCAAACAAUGACUGGCUUCAAGUUGAACUAUUCUUCAUCAUGUUGUACAAAUAACAUCUUCCCAACAUCCCACAAUAAAAUGGCAUGAAACAUUGAACUGGUAUUAUUAAACAAAGACUCAACAUUUAAUCAGAGACUGUAAUGUGACAUGUUUUUCUGCAGGUGGAUCUAUCACACAGUUUGCCAGCAAUGUUUUUACCAACUAUAUUGGACAUUUACGGUGUUUUACAAGUAUUGUAUCUGUUAUCCUGUAUCUUUUCCUUAACUUAUAUUUCCCAGAUGAUACACACCUUGAUGUCAAGGAAAUGAUUUAAAGAAACAAAGCAUCACAGCAAUGACCAAUGACAUCCAUCUGCUUGUACACAAGCAUGGUUGUCUACUGUACAUUUGCCACUAAUAUACUAGCCAGUAGGAAAAACAUACUGCAGCAUGUGU